ACUCAAAUCAUCAAGAUGGACGCAGCAAGAAUUUGGUCGACUAUAUUUGGUCUGUUGGCGUUUUUCUGUCAGACAAUUUCUAGUGAGGUGUGUUACAACAGUUUCGGUACCAGAUACUACUGUUUUGGUGAUGAUUACUGCUGUGGCAGUACACAAUGCUGCACACAUUACUACGUCUACCAAGUGUGGUGGUUCUGGUUCAUCUGGGUUAUCAUUUUCCUGCUCAUUGUAAGUUGCAUCAUUGGGUUGCGCAGGCGCAGAAACCGUCUGCAGUACAUUAGGGUAGCUCAACCAGCCUAUGGAACUUCCACUGCAACUACCGCGACAACAGCUUACCCACCGGCCGGUGCUUAUCAACAACCCCCACCCACAGCCCCAGCGUACCCACCCCAAUACUCACAGAAACCGCCACCAUACCAGUAAUUACACCAUCGAGGAAAAAUAUCGAACUUUGGAAUUCUCUUUAGUUGUAUGGUGUACAAGGGGUAUUGCAAAUUACAAUGUUAUCAGACAUUGCACAUUUUAUUUACAUAUUUUGAAAGAGAGAGAGGGGGGGGGGGAGAGAAAGAGAGCCAAAAAAAGUACCAUACAGUUUGUAAAAACUUUUUAAGUAAUCUUUAUUUUGAAUUUAGUUUCAGUUGUUUGUAAAAUCGUUCUUUCUAAAGCCCCAAUAGUACUAUGCGCUCUUGUUUGCCUUUUUUUCAAAUAUUGAAAAAAUGCCAUUAUUUUGUCAAACAGGUUGAUUUUUUUUGCAAUCACAUGUGAUAUAUGUUAUCAUUUGUCGUAUUCUACUAUCAUGACAUUGGUGCAAUAUUUGAUAGGUUUUGUUGCCUAAAUUUUAAAUUUAUUGUAGACAUUCUUUCUUUUGUAAAAUAUCUAUACAAAUUUGUAAACUUUUUUUAUUUGUGACUUUUCUUUGAAUGUUUUCUUCCUUCAAAAUGUUUUUUU